AUGCGACAAUCCACUCCAUCGUCCAGGGAGUUCUCCCGGCCCCUUCGAGAUUCUUGCCUCUUUAGUACCCCUAUUCUAGCCGCAUCCAGAGAUUUCCAUUUCUCUACUGCCACACCCAGUCAGGCCAUUCCGUCUAAUCAGGCUCAACUGAAAAACAUUGACUUUGGAGGGCAACCGAUGCUUACUUCUCCUGUUUGCCAGCUUGUUAAAGAACCGGAAAUCUGUUUAAUUAUAUCAGACGAGGACUCCAAUGAAGAAGAGAAAAUCAUGAUUAACAAAGGAAAUAAAAACAAAUGCUCUUCUUCCUAUCUGCCAGGAGAGGCGCUUGGUUCUUGUAAACAGCAGAACGCUUUUCGUAAAGUCUUGGAGUCUUGCUUAUCGCCAGCGUUAGCUGAAUCCAACAUAACCACUGGAGACAAGAAUAACCAGGACGUGGGAUACCUACCCACUUGUGCUGAGUCGUCCUCAUAUUUCUCCCUCUUAUCCAACGAUGGCAAUGACGAUGAUUAUAACAGCCAAAAUAAAAGGCUUUAUUCACCUGACCUCUCUUCUAGGCAAGGCUCUCAAUCCUGUCUUCCUGACGUCUUUUUUAUCUUGAUGAUAGAGGACAGUGUCGUUGACGCGCCAGAUAAUAGCGCUUAA